AACUCUUACAGCGGGAAAGGCUACUCCACAGCAGUUCUCUCAUGUCUUUCUUUUGUUGAUUUGGACGUUCAUUAAUUGUCUGUUAGGAGUGGAACUAACUGAGACUGGGAGAGGAACGCAAAUUGUCCAAAGGUGACGUUUGGACAAUAAAAAGGGAAACUGGCUAGACAUUUCCUGUAGUAAAUGGAUUACACCUGACAACACAUACCAGAGGAUAUUCUUUUUUUCACGUUUUGAGGCUAUACCGUGUUUGUUUACAAUUACGAUGUUAACAAAUGUUGCCAUAAAGCAAACUUAUAUUCUGGGUUCUGAUGGGGUACGACAGUUGAACUAAGCUCAUUAGGCAUUUGUAAAUUAUAUUCUUCUAGAAUCAAUGGCUUAGCAAGAACAUUACUGCUUUAUAAGUCCAAAAGUGGAUGUAGCCACUGCAGAUUGCGCCUUUGGAGUGAAAAUGGCCACAUCAAAAGAUCAAGAUGUCGAUAACUGUGAAACUAGCACUCCUGAACAGUCGAAUCCUCUGCUACCCCAGUUGUCACAACUUGAUGAGCUCUCAAACGUAAUUGAAAGGGCAAAACCUAGUGAACAGGAAUUGAAGACUUUAGUUUCACUUCUUCUGUCCCUUGGUGAAAAUAUCGAACGCGAUUUAAAACAACAGAACUUAAUGAUAGAUGGGCUUAAAGUCAUACAUACAAAAAUCAUGGACAAACUCAGUCCUGGUGAAAAGGAUGGUAGUAGUUUCAUCACUGGAACAAUAAGACAGUUCUACAAAAAGGCACUGGAUUCAGUAGGAACAAUCAUCACUAAACUGGCCAAAGAGAUUGGAGUCAACUAUUCAGAGUCAAAUAUGUGUCUCCAAAAAGAGUUUGGCCUUAAAACCGAUUGUCCAAAGGAAUGUUUGAAUUGCAACCAUAUAAAGAGCUCAAUGUCCUGGAUUCAGGUUGAACCCUCCGUGUCUACAGAGGAUGAGACCACCGUCUACACACUCGACUCUUCUGCAGCAGGGCAUUACCAGUGCAUCUUAUCAGGGCUGCGGUGGGUAUGUGAGAGCAAAGUCAGUCUGCGAUACCAGUUCAGCUCCUGGGAGCCUCACAGGGCCACUCUGAACAACAUGCGGUUUGAAGAAGGAGGUCCAUUACUGGACAUCACAAUGAUUUCUGGCAAACUAGAAGAAAUUAGUCUGCCACACUUUGUCUGUAUAGAUCCAGACUACCCACAAUCCUCCUUGAGAGAAGACAUGAAGGUUCUACAUGUGAAAGACAACAGAGUGCUUGUGGAAGAAGUGGAUGAGGUGACGGGCUUCCACGCCAAACUGCUUCGUCCCUCCUUCUCUGGCAGGGGUUUGGUACUGAGACGUGGGUUGCAUUGGAGAGUGCACUGUGACCUUCUGAUCUUUAGGUCCACCAGAGCACUCCUCACCUUACACACAUAUCUGAUCCGAUGUGAUCCUUCUCUAGCACGGGAGGUGGAGGCACAGGAGAAGUCCUAUGGAUUCUUAAGACUUCCAAAGCCAAAGCCGGAGAAGUCCCUUCGGAAGGGGAGUCGCUUCACCCUCAAGACCUCGUGUCAAUCCUCGAUUAUGCCAGAAAAGAUCAAGCUAAGAAGCACCAGGCCAAACUACUUUGAAGUGUACAUAAAGGACCCUGCGAUGGACUUUGAGAUGGAGUUGAUAAGUGAGAAGGGAGAAUCUGCAUGGAAAGCUGAAAUACGAACAGAGGAAUACAGAGAUGAUUCAUCCACAAGAGACAUUGAGUUUGUUGAUGAAUUCAGACCACAGAUCAUUCAAAGAGUCAAUAAUGUGUUUGCCAUAGCAGAUAUUCUCUUCACAAAGGGCAUGAUCGGUGAAGAGAUCAAUGCAAAUAUCAGCGCUGCACCGACCCGCCAGGCCAAGAUGAGAGUGAUAUACGAGGCACUGAAUUCAGGUGGACCACACGUCAAAGCUGCAUUCUUUACUGCACUCAGAGAAAAGGAACCCUUUCUAGUCAAAGACUUGGAUCAAUAAUACCUUAUCGCUCAAUCUCUAACACACCUCUACGAGACCAUUAUGCCUAGACACUUUAUUGAGCAUGUUCUCCUUCAGUCCAGCAGGACAGAGGCAAGAGGAGGAGUGAUGAGGAGAACUAUGAAAGAAGAGACUUUUCAGCUGUCAAGAAUAGCAGUCCAAGGCCCAGUUCUCUGUGACAUUUUAGUGACAGAGGGCAUGGGUAGGAAGGCCCCACCAGCAUUUAUUAAAGAAAAUAAGACAAAUUUGAAA